UAAUACUGAGGAUAGCUGAGUCAGCGUUUUCUCCAAGCUCCUCCUUUUCCUGUUCUUAAAAGGCCGGCUUUGUGUGGGCUUUGAAGAGCAUUCCAACAUUACAUGUUAUCGGUUGACUGAUUUAUCCAAACUACUGUGGAGGAUUGGCUUAAACGAAAGAACAAAGUUGUUUUUGUUUUUUUUUUGUAUCCAUCCUUUUAAGCGAUUUCAGUUUUAUUUUAUCAGAGGCAGUAAGAUCAUAAAAGUGGUCCCUACAUUGACCUUUGAUGGUGACUGUUACCCAAUGUUCGUUCUUAGUUGAGGAAAAGGUGGAUGACUAGCAAGUUGGCUGAUAAAUUCUGACUUGGGAGAAACACGAGCUGAUGCAUCUGCUUCCAAUUUAUUUCCUACAUACACAAAGUAAAGAUGGUAUCGUAUCUAGAAAAAUUGAAUCUAUAGAGGUCAAAUAACCCGGAUGAUCAUCAACCUAUUGUUCAACUGGAAGAUGAUACCACAAGAGCACGUAUUGUUUUACCGAGCAUAAUUUUGCCUUUCAUCACCGGGACUUAGUGUAUUGUUAUCUGCAGCGAUCGUCAGACCGUCAUCGAUUCGGCGUUAGGACGAUGAAGCUCUUUACGUUAUUUCAUGUGAUUAUGUUAGGUUUGUCGGUUGUACCUCUUGCAGAGUCGUGUGGAAGUCGGCUGACAUUACAUACCAGUUCAUUUCAUGCAAAGCCUUCCCAGAAGACAACAGAGACCAACAUAGCGGAGAGUGAUUUGACGAUUGUUCAACGACAGGAUGAUCCCCUGUUGUCGAAUAUCACGAGAGAUGGUGUCCUUCGAGGAAUAAAAGAAUGCCAAAAGCUGUUUGAAAACGAGAUCUGGAACUGUCCAUUGGAGAUGUUUAAAAUGCUUUCCUUCUUUAACAACUUAACAUAUCCCUAUGCUACUCGUGAGUCUGCUUUUAUGUAUGCCAUAACCGCUGCCGCUAUUACCCACGAACUCACUCGUCAGUGCACAUUGGGAAGAAUCCCCGGAUGUGGAUGUGGAACUGGAAGUGGGUGUGGCGAAAACGUCGCGUUCGGACGAAAGGAGGCUAUGCGUUUUUUUAAAAUACUGCGAAAAGGUAGUUUUCCACUGGAUACUUUGACAACUGUUAACCUUCACAACUACUAUGUAGGAGCAGAGAUUGUCCGAGAAAGCUCGCAACUGAGAGGAAGAUGUGAUGGCCCAUUUUCUUUCAACUCCGAUCCCUGCCUAAUCAGAACAAUGUGGAGGGUAUUGGCGCCAUUUGAAGUUGUUUCCUCAAAGCUAAAAGAAAAAUACGACAUGGCUUUGCGGGUGUCCUUCAUAAACAACAGACUUCGGUCGUUGGGCCCAGCUUUCCCAAUCAAACAAAGUCUUGUGUAUCUCGACGACUCCCCAAGAUACUUCGUGCGAAAUGACAGCAUAGGCUCUACUGGAAUGCUGGGAAGGUCGUGCAGGAGAGAUGUAAGCGAUGACAAGUACAAGUGUGAGUUAUUCACCGCCAUCUGUAACUCUUGUGGACUGAACCCAAUAACAGUGGAGCAUUACAAGCGGGUUAAAUGUAAAUGUAAGUUUACUUGGUGCUGCAGGGUUGAAUGUGAGACAUGCACUGAGAAGUCUUAUACUGAAAUAAAGUGUUCCCAAUGAGCGGCUGCUGUACUGUAUCUUAUCACCGGGGUGGGGUGAGUGGGAGGGGGAGUGCAAAGAGGAUUUUCGGUGGGAUCACUAGGUUUUCAGAGGAAACAGAGAGGGGUCAGUCGUCACCAACAUCGCCAACAAUUCCAGUCACGAGCCUGCGGUAGGCAGGCGGUUUCAUAACAAAAUGUCUGUAAACAUGGCUGCCGAUUUUAUAGAGAAAUGUAUGGAAGGCACGUAAAAAUUGUAAAUAUUCGCAAUCAUGAAAUAUUCUUUCAAUUUGCCGGACCGGGAUAUUGAUACUACAAGUAAAAACAAUCUGUUAAAAAAUAAACAACAAUAAAACGA